UGCCUCCCCGAUCAAAACUCAUUUUUAUACUAACUAAGACAUUUGUCACCUCCAAAUGGUUAUAUUGUACUGUUGCAAAAGAAAGUUAGCAGCAAAGACCCACUCUGCUCUAUGUCAGCUGAUCAAUGCCCUGUCUUGUUUUUUGCAAAAAGUAAAGUUUAACUUCUAAAUAAACACCGUUUCAAUCAAUAAAGCCUCCCUUCCCCCACAUGUGGAACAACUCUCUGACAUUUCCAGUUUGGACCCUGACAUCAUGACGACUAUUCUGAUUCUAUUUGUUUUUAUGAAUUUGGAUACGAUUCUGAAGACAGGACACUGCACGGAUACACGAGACCAAGUUUUAUCUAUCACCCCCACAACUCAAAAACAGGUAGACAUCUUGAAGAAUGUGUCAUCCCAUUACGAGACAGCACUAUGGCAGCCUGUUUCUCCUGAAUACAUCAAAGAAGAAACCCAAGUCCACCUCUUUGUUCCCGGAAACAGCUCUGGGAUUAUCAAGAAUCUGCUGAGAACACACGGCAUAACACACGAGUAUGCUAUCUAUGACUGGAUAAACAGGACUACACAUGACAACCCAGACACAGUUAAACUCAUCCUGGUUGGCUCCUCCUAUGAAAAGCGUCCGCUUUAUGCCCUAAAGCUUUCUUUAAAUAACAGGCCAAAUAAAAAAGCCAUGUGGAUUGACUGUGGUAUCCAUGCCAGAGAGUGGGUUGCUCCUGCUUUCUGCCUAUGGUUCGUUCACCAUUCGUUGUCAUUUUACAAAGUUAACAAAGACAUUACCCACAUCCUGGACAACUUGGACGUCUACGUCCUGCCUGUCUUGAACCCCGAUGGAUACAAAUACACGUGGACAAAAAACAGGAUGUGGAGGAAGAACCGAUCCCAAAAUAAUGCCAAUAACUGCAUUGGAGUAGAUCUGAACAGAAACUUUGAUGCCAACUGGUGCACGGAGGGAGCCUCACAUGACCCCUGCUCUGAGAUCUACUGUGGUUCUUUCCCCGAGUCUGAGCCAGAGUCACAGGCCGUGGCCGACUUCCUCCGCAGUAACAAAGAUUUGGUUCAGCUCUACCUCAGCAUCCACUCCUAUUCUCAGAUGCUCCUAUUUCCAUAUUCCUGCACCCUUGAAGAAGCAGAGAAUCACAGCGAUUUGCUUGAAAUGGCCCAAGAAGCUGCGCAGGCAAUCAGAAGAUAUUACAGAAACACUUACAGCUAUGGUCCUGGAGGAAAGACCAUAUACUUGGCUCCAGGUGGUAGUGAUGACUGGGCGUACAACCUUGGCAUCAAAUACUCCUUCACAUUUGAGCUGCAGGACCGUGGACGCUAUGGCUUCCUGUUGCCAACAUCUCACAUUUCCAGAGCCUGCAACGAAGCCUUAAUUGCUGUAAAGAUAAUUGCAUUGAAGGUUAUAGAGAAAACACAGGCUGCAACAAGUUCCCCACAAACUGUGUAAGGAGGAACAACUGGAACAACAUUUUCCAAUUUCUUCAGAAGUUCAGUGAAGCGGAGCUAUAGCAUGUCAUUAUAUAAAUAUAUAUAUAUAAUCACACUGAAUUGACACUGAAUAAGUAAAACUAAUAUUUUACUAAAAUAUGUUAACAUGCCAUUGUUAUUGAUAAUGUUUUAGAUCUCAUAAAAAUGUUUCCACACAACAUACAGUAAUACAUGUGCAAUACAAUGUCAUAUUAUAAUAUUUUUAAAGAGCAUAAAAUAAACAAACUUUACUGUUGAUUUUGUAAUUUAUUUUUGCAGGAACUGUACACAGAAGAGAAAAUAACAGCACUUGCAUGGAUUUCUCGUCAUAAAAAAAGUAAUGAAUCCUCAGUUUUUAGCAUGCAGUCUUUUAAGUGAAAUUGUGUUUCAGAAUUGUUUAACUGUUAAAUUACUAUUGAGGCCUAUUAAACUGAACAUUAGAGGUAAAAUGUAUUGCAAAAGUGUGCUAAAAUCAUCAGGGUUUUACAAUUCAUAAUCCAUUGAGAUGCUAUCCUUGAUAAAUAAGCUCAAAUAAAAAAGGUUAUUGGUGUCAUCCUGAUCAUACA